UGUUUUAAUUUUAUUUCAUCACGUUCACGUGUUUACAUUUCGUAAUAUACCAUAAUAUGAAAUUUUCCAUUUUUUAUAAUUGAAUUAUUCUUCAAUUUAGUAAGUUUGUGCGAGCUAUUCUUCCUUUUUUAAAGCUUUCGGUUUUAUAUUUUAUGAUUGAGUGGAUGAUAUAUUAUGAGGUCGGCUAUAGUCUAUAAAAAAGAAAAAACACUCUUGUAAUAUAUAAUUAUAAAUAUUACAGAGAAAUUUAAAUUGUGGAUUGUAUUCUAAUUGGGUGAUAGAGUAGUAUAAUAACUCUAACAAAAUAUUUUAUAUAAUUAUGGAACUAGAAAUUUCGAAUCUCAAUAAACAUUGGCAUUGAAAUUUAGGUGAGCAAUACUAUCUAUCAUCCAGAGAGCAGAGAAAAGCAAUUAACAGGAGAAAUCAAGAGGGAGGAUUCAAGAACUGUAACAAAAGAGGCUUGUUCUUGGGCUCUAUAUUCUUUCCUUGAAGAAGCUAAAUCUUUAAUAGUAAAAGUUUCAGAUUAGCACAUUGCCAAAGGAAGAAAAAUGUUCAGUUCUUGCUGUGUUCCAUCAUCAACGUUGCCACCAUCCCACCGGGACAGACUUCUGUCAUCUUCAUUCUUUGGAAAUGCUGUGGGAGUUGGGCAAUCCAACAGUGCGAUAUCUGGUAUUCGGAUGGGACAAAACAACAUUCCUAGGAGGACAUGUGCUGCAACCAAAAGAUUUUCCACCUCAGCUGUUCUUGCUGAUGUUGCCAAAGAUUUCAUGGCUUUCCGGGCAAAUAUUUUACCAAAACAGGAGGCAGACCCCAAGACUGUUACCUCUAUCAUAUUAGGUGGUGGAGCAGGAACUCGGCUCUUUCCCCUUACUCGAAGAAGGGCCAAGCCAGCUGUACCAAUAGGAGGAUGCUAUAGACUGAUUGAUGUUCCCAUGAGUAACUGCAUCAACAGUGGAAUUAACAAGAUUUACAUCCUCACCCAGUUCAAUUCUCAAUCUCUCAACCGCCACAUUUCUCGGACAUAUAAUUUGGGCAAUGGUGUGAACUUCGGUGAUGGGUUUGUUGAGGUGCUAGCAGCUACACAAACAUCUGGUGAAUCUGGAAAGAAGUGGUUUCAGGGUACAGCAGAUGCUGUAAGACAAUUCAGCGGGUUGUUUGAGGACGCUAAACAUAGAAAUAUCGAGAACAUUCUGAUAUUAUCUGGUGAUCAUCUAUAUAGAAUGGAUUACAUGGAAUUCUUGCAGAAGCACAUUGAUUCUGGUGCUGAUAUAUCUGUUUCUUGUCUCCCUGUGGAUGAAAGUCGUGCCUCAGAUUUUGGACUUCUAAAGAUUGAUGAAAAUGGACAGAUCAGACAGUUUCUUGAGAAACCUAAAGGUGAAAGUCUGAGAUCAAUGCAAGUCGAUACAACUGUUCUGGGAUUAACAGCUCAAGAUGCAAGGAUAUCACCAUACAUUGCAUCAAUGGGCAUAUAUUUAUUCAAGACACAAGUUCUACUGAAACUACUCAGGUGGCAUUAUCCAGCAGCCAAUGAUUUUGGAUCUGAAAUCAUUCCACUGGCUAUGAAAGAUUACAAUGUUAAGGCAUACUUAUUUGAUGGCUACUGGGAAGAUAUCGGAACUAUAAAAUCCUUUUUUGAUGCAAAUUUGGCCCUUACAGAUCAGCCUCCCAAGUUUCACUUCUAUGACCCCCUAAAGCCAAUCGUCACUUCUCCUCGGUUUCUACCACCAACAAAAAUAGAGCAGUGCCGGGUCGUGGACUCUAUAAUUUCACAUGGUUGCUUGUUGAAAGAAUGCAGUAUCGAACAUUCCAUUGUGGGACUUCGUUCAAGAUUGGAUUACGGGGUGGAGCUAAAGGAUACAUUGAUGAUGGGUGCUGACAAUUACCAAACCGAGGAAGAGAUAGCAUCCUGUUUAGCAGAGAGCAAGGUUCCACUAGGCGUUGGAAAAGAUACCAAAAUUAUGAAUUGUAUAAUAGACAAGAAUGCAAGAAUUGGAAAAAAUGUUGUCAUCACAAACAAGGAUAAUGUGAAAGAGGCAGAUAGACCAUCUGAAGGAUUUUACAUUCGAUCUGGAAUUACUGUAGUGUUAAAGAAUUCUGUAAUUAAGGAUGGAACUAUUGUUUAGUACAUUGAUCAAUUACAUCCAUUUUGAUUCACCAAAAUU